AUGAGCGCUUCACUGGAGUUUUCUUUCCCGACGGUGGCUCCGACCCAAACUCCUCCCAGAACCAAACACAAACUGGUGGUCGAGGGGAAGAAGCUCACAUUUCGCUGUGGGAAGAAAAUAGCGUCAAAGAGAGGCAAAGUACACUGGUACAAGGACGGCGAGUUGCUGGAAUACUCCCAUCCCAACUACAUCUCUCUGGAGGACGACCGCAUCACCAUAGUGGCCAACGCCAUCAACGAGGGCCUGUACACCUGCGUGGUCCGCAAGAAGAGCCAGGUACUCACCACAUACUCCUGGAGGGUCCGAGUCCGAUUCUGA